UCAAGUCAGUCAUUUUGUGUGUGGUGUGCAUGUCAUUAUUUGACUACGAUUCACUAAUAACUAAAAAUAAUAGAAUUUUCUGAUAGUUUCAUCAUUUCCAAAUAGUGCCAGUGAGAAAAUUUAACAAAAUGUCGGAUGUAAAAAUAGUAGCAGCCAGUAUAGUAAAUUUUCUGAAAAAACAGCUUGAAGGCGACACUUUGAGUUUGGAUUCUAGGGAGAGCGUUGAGGUUGGCGUGCAGUGUAUAGAAACCGCAUUCGAGCUUAGUGCCGAAGAUACGGCUCGAGGUGUCGAUUUAUUGCAGUUAGUGAAACAACAACGAGGUGCAGGCCCUACACCAGACUGUGCCGAGGCGGAGAAAUUGAAAAAUGAAGGCAACGAACUGAUGAAGGCAGAACGGCAUCGUGAGGCGCUCGAAAAGUAUACUCGUGCCAUCGAACUAGAUCCUCGAAAUCCUGUUUACUUCUGCAACCGCGCGGCUGCUCAUUUCAAGCUCGAGGAACACGAAGCCGCAGUUGCUGACUGCACCGCUGCCUUAGCAUUACAGCCCGAUUACAGCAAAGCACACGGUCGUUUAGGCCUGGCCUUGACUGCAUUAGACAGGCACAGAGAGGCUCGGGCGGCUUACGCACGCGCCGCUCAACUGGAACCGGAGAAUGAAUCAUACAAACAGAAUCUUCGUUUUGCUGAUGAGUGCCUAGCACAACGCGGGGAACGUGGGCCGCUAGACUUAGGAGGGCUGCUACAAAACCCUGCUUUACUGAAUAUGGCCACAGAAAUGUUAGCCGACCCUAAUAUGCAAAAUCUUAUAUCUGGAUUAAUGACUAAUACACAAGCCACCGGUCCAGCAGGCCCUGGAGGUAUGAAUGCUUUAUUAGAAGCUGGUCAGGCUCUAGCUCAGCACAUGCAAGCUGCAAAUCCAGACUUAGUGGAGCAACUGCGUAGACAAGUCCGUCCGCCGGGUGGGCCAGGCGGCAACCCUCCUUCACAGUGAGCACAGAUUAUACAUAGGUUUCUUAGAUAAAUAAGCUACUGCACUAUAAUGGGAAAAUGAAACUAUGUGGUGCCAGUUUGUAGCGGAGCCGUCUGACAUCCAAGAAAUACAUUUUAGCAUAAAGUUUGAAUAUUCCUUAUAGUAUUUAUCCAAGGAAUUUUAUAUUUAGUAAUGCCGUACUUUUCUACUUAAUGUCUCCUUUUUUUUUUUGAUGUUCUUAUUAUGUGGCGAAAUAGUAUUUAUUUCAAUGUUCAAAAGUUGUAAGCAAUUGACAUCACAGACAAGUUUUUUGGACAAAUUGAGUGAUAUACUUAACACUAAACUGUCUGUAAUUUACACAUGUUGUAUUGGUUGAUUUCAAGAUCAUUGUUUCCAUAAAAUUUAUUAAGGUACAAAACGAAAAUUUUGUAGAAUAGCAGGUGUAUGUUUUCUUAUACUUAAGUUUUCAUGUAGAUAUCGAGAUUUGGUCAUUGCAUUAUGUGCAUUUAUUUUUCCUUUUUUUUUAUCAGGCAUAUAUCUUAAUAUAGCUAGGAAAGUGAAAGAAAUUUGAUGUUGAAGGAGUUGUGUUCAGGCAUACUAAAUAACUAGUAUAUUUAUAUAUAGAUGUCGUAAAUAUGUACCAAACAAUGUUGAAUGUGGGAAUACUUGUAACCAUUCUUGUUUUCAACAGAAAUUAUUUCUAGCGUAAGUUUGGAAUUUAAUGGUAAUAAAUUUAUUUCAACUUUUAA